AUGCGAUCUCUGCGGCCGGCGGCCCUGCUCGCCGUCGCGGCCGUGUGGCUGUGGUGGUCAGCCGCCGUCGCGCUGGCCGACAACGGAACCACGACGGCGUGCCUGUGCACCGGCCCGCAGUGCUUCCCGCCGUGCCCGACGACGCCGCAGUUCCCCUUCUGCCCGCCGCAGCCGCCGCCGUCGCUCGUGCCCUUUCCCUGGCAGUCGUCGUCUUCGCCGAAGUCCGGCGAGUUCAUCCCGCAGGAGCCAGGAUUCCUCGCUGCGGCGGCGACAUGGCGUGGUCGGACGGCAGCGGCAUGGAUGCAGGUGGGCGUCGUGGCCUCUGCUUUCUUGGUGCUGCUGCGGUGAGCCGGUGUGCUCUGCUCGCUGCUGUAGAUCACUAGAUGUAGGUGUUGCACGGUGAUCUGAAUACUGAGGCUGGUGUGUGCGCUAACAUGCUGCCUAAAAUCAGAUUAUGUGUACUCCUAUUGCAGGCUAUGAUCAAUCCAAGGAUCGAAAGGCUGUACUUUUUUCA